GUUCUAUCUACUGAAUGACAUCAAUGCUGUCAGACGCCAAUUCUUUUCUUUGAAAACUUCAGUAGGAAGCCAAACAACAAAAAUGUCUGAUAUCGAAGUUGAUGAUGCACCCCCAGCCCCACAAGUACAAUCUGGUGGGCCCAUGGACGUAAACCAAGCACUCCAAGAAGUCUUGAAAACAGCCCUUAUUCAUGAUGGAGUCGUUCAUGGUUUGCAUGAGGCUGCUAAAGCUUUAGAUAAAAGACAAGCCGUGCUUUGUGUGCUCGCUGAAAACUGUGACGAACCUAUGUAUAAGAAACUGGUGUCAGCUUUAUGCUCAGAACAUCAAAUUCCUCUUAUUAAGGUAGACAACAACAAAAAAUUAGGAGAAUGGUCAGGGUUAUGCAAAAUUGAUAACACUGGUAAAGCACGAAAGGUCGUUGGCUGUUCCUGCGUAGUCAUUAGGGACUAUGGAUUAGAAUCCCCAGCCUUAGAUGUUCUUAGAGAUUAUCUUAAGAAUGCUAAGUAAUGUUAACACAUUUUUUAUUUAAUAAAAUUUAAAAAUUCA